UUUGCCACCGUCGUCCGUCGUCGCCCUCCACAUUGAAGAAAGGGUCGUCGCUCACCAGUCUCCACAUCAUGAAGGUGUUUUGCUGUGUUCUGCUCCUGGUUGCGGGGCUCGCUCUCGGCACCUCAGCCCCAGCACAUGAGGACUGUCAAGAGCACACCAAGGUCAUGCCUUUGAGCGACCUCUCUAAGCUGCACGGCAAGAUGAACUUCAUCAUGGGCUUCAAUGGUCACAAACUUGAGAGACAUGUCGUGGAGCUCAUGAAUAGUGGCACGAUCCACUUGGCAGCAGCAGAGCACGGCGGUGUUAUUCUGACUCAGGAGCUCAAAGUAAAUGGAACCUGCAUGCACCUUGUUAUCAAUGCCACUAUCGAACAUGAUACAGCAGUUGGUAAUAUCAUGGACGUUCUUACCAACCGGUACACACUGUACGAAAGCCCUGACGGCACCUUGGUGACGGCUGUGAACAGCACCCACACAAAGGCCAAGACUUUCCUGAAAAGGUUCUCUGUUGAUAAAGAGUUCGAUGGGGAGGAUGAGCUCAACACCCGAUCUUUUUAUGUGUUUGCUAAUGAGAAAGUUGUGAGUGAUGAAACAAAGGAGCACUUCAAGAAGCAGGCGGCCUGCCUUGGCUUCCACGACCCACCCUCCUUCAUCUAUGACGGCGUGACAGAUAUAUGUCCACCACCUGAAACCCACUAGUUCAAUCCAACCAGUCGCAGACUGCUCACGUGGAAACAAAGAAUAAAAGGGACACAUAUGAAACCUCA